AUGGGAACGACAAUCAGGAACUCCAAGAAGAAGCCAGCGCUCAGGACCGGGCGCCCGCCCACCGCAGCCAAGCCCAAGCGCAGCAUCUCCUCCAAAGCCACUCAAAAGACCAUCGUCACCUUCCACAAGUACGCCCCUCCACCAAAGACCCAGAAACCAGCAUUGAGACCCUUGCUGAUCCUUCCCUUCUUGAUCCGCAGCCUCUCCAAAGAGCUCCAAAAGGCCAAGACCAGAGAUGACAAGGAGCGAGUCUCCGCCAUCGAGAAUCAGAUCGACCAACUCGGCGGAAUCAAGGCCUAUCAGGAAGCCAGCAUUCAGGGACAAGCCGUAGAUCGCGGAGGCGACACGUCGAUUGUCUUGUUGAACUGGUUGAAGCCAGUACAGCAAGAUCUUGCACAGCUGGACUCCAAGUUCAAGCUGUUGGAGGUGGGCGCGCUCUCCACCAAGAAUGCCUGCUCGAAGUCGGGCCUCUUCGAUGUUACCCGUAUCGAUCUGAACUCCCAGGGCCCUGGGAUCGAGCAGCAGGACUUCAUGGAGCGACCUCUGCCGCCUUCCUCGGAGGAGCAAUUCGACAUCAUCUCAUUGUCAUUGGUGGUCAACUUUGUUCCCGAUGCGACGACCAGAGGGGAGAUGCUGAAAUAUACGACCCACUUUCUCCGCUCACGUCCAUCACCACCGGCGAUUCUCACGGAUUAUAGGGCUUUACUCUUCUUGGUCCUUCCCGCUCCUUGCACCUUGCAUUCCCGCUACUUCAACGAGGAGAGACUCGCCCUCAUCAUGGCAGAGCUUGGAUACGCCAUGGUCAACAGGAAGGAGACGAGAAAGCUUGUCUAUUCUCUCUGGCAGCUGUGCGACAAACCCCCUUCUAAGAUGCAGAAUUUCCCAAAGGUCAAGGUCAGAGACGGCGCGAAACUUAACAACUUUCACAUCGUGCUCGACAGAGACUGA